CUCUCGUAAAGAUUUUGUGACCAACACAAACCAGACUUUCGUUACCUGUGCUCUGACUUGGUGCAUUUACGAGAUAAACGUAUGGUUGUGGCGGUCUUAGGGUGCUGAGAACCACCUGAGCAUGCUCGGGUCCGCGUUGUGCUGGCCUUGGGGCGGCUGGGCGACUAGCAUCGUGUUGCGCACUGCUACACUCGUACCCAUACAGCGCAUCCACCAUCACGGGUGCUGCGAAAUGCCUAAUCCUCUUUGCUAUCUAACAGCCAGAAAGCGAUCGAUUCGCAUGCGAACGAAUCGUUCGUACCUGCCAUUGUUGGCGCCGUCGUCUCACUCGUCCAUUCUAGCCCACGCGUACCAGCCUCGAUCCUUCGCCCCCGCAGACCACAGCGAAACCGAACGAACCGCCAUAUCCUUCGCAGCCCACAAGAUAAGAGAUCGGUACACGGGUGGCCCCCUCUCCGUAUACGUAGGCCAAAUACACAGACUGCAAUUGCAUAACACAAGGGAUUAAAUGGAGAACGCUACAAUCUUGGAAGCGCGUUUCUAUUCCGAGUCCUGGAAACAUAGAGACGUGUAGAUGCCAUGCCAUGACUCGUUCAGCCAUUGGAAGGC